AUGGCCUCUCCAGACGCUGAGAUGGCUGCCUUUGGGGAGGCGGCCCCUUACCUCCGAAAGUCAGAAAAGGAGAGAAUCGAGGCCCAGAACAAGCCUUUCGAUGCCAAGACAUCCGUCUUUGUGGAACCCGCUGUGCUGUACAACCUCAAAGAGCGUUACGCAGCCUGGAUGAUCUACACCUACUCGGGUCUCUUCUGUGUCACUGUCAACCCCUACAAGUGGCUGCCGGUGUACAACCCGGAGGUGGUGUUGGCCUACCGAGGCAAGAAGCGCCAGGAGGCCCCUCCACACAUCUUCUCCAUCUCUGACAACGCCUAUCAGUUUAUGCUGACUGAUCGCGAGAACCAGUCAAUCCUGAUCACCGGAGAAUCCGGAGCAGGGAAGACUGUGAACACAAAGCGUGUCAUCCAGUACUUUGCAACAAUUGCAGCGAGCGGGGAGAAGAAGAAGGAGGAACAGCCGACAGGCAAAAUGCAGGGAACGCUUGAGGAUCAAAUCAUCAGCGCCAACCCACUGCUGGAGGCCUUUGGAAACGCCAAGACCGUGAGGAAUGACAACUCCUCACGCUUUGGCAAAUUCAUCAGAAUCCACUUUGGAGCCACAGGCAAACUGGCUUCUGCUGACAUUGAAACUUAUCUGCUGGAGAAGUCCAGAGUCACUUUCCAGCUCAAGGCAGAAAGAAGCUACCACAUAUUUUAUCAGAUCAUGUCCAAUAAGAAGCCAGAGCUAAUUGACAUGCUCCUCAUUACGACCAACCCUUUUGAUUUCCACUAUGUGAGUCAAGGUGAGGUCACUGUUCCCAGUAUUGAUGACCAGGAGGAGCUCAUGGCUACAGAUAGUGCCAUUGACAUCCUGGGCUUCACUGCUGAUGAGAAGACGGCCAUCUACAAGCUGACAGGGGCUGUCAUGCACUAUGGGAACCUGAAGUUCAAGCAGAAACAGCGAGAGGAGCAGGCAGAGCCGGAUGGCACAGAAGUGGCUGACAAGGCUGCCUACCUGAUGGGCCUGAACUCAGCUGAUUUGCUCAAAGCCCUGUGUUAUCCCCGCGUCAAAGUUGGGAAUGAAUUUGUGACCAAAGGUCAAACUGUGGAACAGGUGAACAAUGCAGUUGGUGCCCUGGCUAAAGCUGUCUAUGAGAAGAUGUUUUUGUGGAUGGUUAUUCGCAUCAACCAACAGCUGGAUACCAAGCAGCCCAGACAGUACUUCAUUGGAGUCCUGGACAUUGCUGGUUUUGAGAUCUUUGAUUUCAACAGCUUUGAGCAGCUGUGCAUCAACUUCACCAACGAGAAACUGCAACAGUUCUUCAACCACCACAUGUUCGUGCUGGAGCAGGAGGAGUACAAGAAGGAAGGAAUUGAAUGGGAGUUCAUUGACUUUGGGAUGGACCUGGCUGCCUGCAUUGAGCUCAUUGAGAAGCCCAUGGGCAUCUUCUCCAUCCUGGAAGAGGAGUGCAUGUUCCCCAAGGCAACUGACACCUCUUUCAAGAACAAGCUCUAUGACCAGCAUCUGGGCAAGUCCAACAACUUCCAGAAGCCCAAGCCUGCCAAAGGCAAGGCUGAGGCCCACUUCUCCCUGGUGCACUAUGCUGGCACAGUGGACUACAACAUCUCUGGCUGGCUUGAGAAGAACAAAGACCCCCUGAAUGAAACUGUCAUUGGGUUGUAUCAGAAAUCAUCUGUGAAGACACUGGCCUUACUCUUUGCUGCAUAUGGUGGGGAAGCAGGUAAAUCCAUGUUCGAGGCUGGUGGUGGUGGCAAGAAGGGUGGCAAGAAGAAGGGGUCUUCUUUCCAGACUGUCUCAGCUCUUUUCCGGGAGAAUUUAAACAAGUUGAUGGCUAACCUAAGAAGUACUCAUCCCCAUUUUGUACGAUGCAUCAUCCCAAAUGAAACAAAAACACCUGGUGCCAUGGAGCAUGAGCUGGUGCUGCAUCAGCUGCGAUGUAAUGGUGUGCUGGAAGGGAUCAGAAUUUGCAGGAAAGGAUUCCCCAGCAGAGUCCUGUAUGCUGACUUCAAACAAAGAUACAGAGUGCUUAAUGCAAGUGCUAUCCCCGAAGGACAGUUCAUGGACAGCAAGAAGGCUUCUGAAAAGCUCCUUGGGUCCAUUGAUGUGGACCACACCCAAUACAGAUUUGGUCACACAAAGGUGUUCUUCAAAGCUGGACUGCUGGGACUCCUGGAGGAGAUGAGAGAUGACAAGUUGGCAGAAAUUAUCACUCGCACACAAGCCAGGUGCAGAGGCUUCCUGAUGAGAGUGGAGUAUCGGAGAAUGGUGGAAAGAAGGGAAUCCAUCUUCUGUAUUCAAUACAAUGUUCGUGCAUUCAUGAAUGUCAAGCACUGGCCCUGGAUGAAGCUGUUCUUCAAGAUCAAGCCCUUGCUGAAGAGUGCAGAAUCUGAGAAGGAGAUGGCCAACAUGAAGGACAAGUUCCGCAAGAUCCAGCACGAGCUGGAGGAAGCCGAGGAGCGGGCUGACAUUGCGGAGUCGCAGGUCAACAAGCUUCGAGUGAAGAGCCGAGAAGACCUGGGUCUCCAGUGGCAGAGUGAAGCUGAUGCUUUAGCUGAUGCUGAGGAAAGAUGUGACCAGCUCAUCAAAACCAAAAUCCAGCUGGAAGCCAAAGUAAAGGAGGUGACUGAAAGGGCUGAGGAUGAAGAAGAAAUUAAUGCUGAGCUAACAGCCAAGAAAAGAAAACUAGAGGAUGAAUGCUCAGAGCUGAAGAAAGACAUUGAUGACCUGGAAUUAACACUAGCCAAGGUUGAGAAGGAAAAACAUGCCACAGAAAACAAGGUGAAAAACCUCACCGAGGAGAUGGCAGCCCUGGACGAGACCAUUGCCAAGCUGACAAAAGAGAAGAAAGCCCUCCAAGAGGCCCAUCAGCAGACACUGGAUGACCUGCAGGCAGAGGAGGACAAAGUCAACACGCUGACCAAAGCUAAGACCAAGCUGGAGCAGCAAGUGGAUGAUCUGGAAGGGUCCCUGGAGCAAGAGAAGAAACUGCGCAUGGACCUUGAGAGAGCUAAGAGGAAACUCGAAGGAGACCUGAAGCUGGCCCAUGACAGCAUAAUGGAUUUGGAGAAUGAUAAGCAGCAGCUGGAUGAGAAACUGAAGAAGAAAGACUUUGAAAUCAGCCAAAUCCAGAGCAAAAUCGAGGAUGAGCAAGCCCUGGGCAUGCAAUUACAGAAGAAGAUCAAGGAGCUGCAGGCCCUGGAAGAGGCAGGAGGGGCUACUGCAGCUCAGAUUGAUAUGAACAAGAAGCGUGAGGCAGAAUUUCAGAAGAUGCGCCGUGACCUCGAAGAGGCCACGCUGCAGCACGAAGCCACAGCUGCUGCUCUGCGGAAGAAGCAUGCGGACAGCACAGCUGAGCUUGGAGAGCAGAUCGACAACCUGCAACGAGUGAAGCAGAAGCUGGAGAAGGAGAAGAGUGAGCUGAAGAUGGAGAUUGAUGACUUGGCCAGUAACAUGGAAUCUGUCUCCAAAGCCAAGGCAAAUCUGGAGAAGAUGUGCCGCACACUGGAAGACCAGCUGAGCGAGUUUAAGACAAAAGAAGAAGAACAUCAGCGCAUGAUCAAUGACCUCAGUGCUCAAAGAGCUCGUCUGCAAACAGAAUCAGGUGAAUAUUCACGCCAGGUGGAGGAGAAGGAUGCUCUGAUUUCUCAGCUGUCAAGAGGCAAGCAGGCUUUCACCCAACAGGUCGAGGAACUCAAGAGGCACUUGGAGGAAGAAAUAAAGGCCAAGAAUGCCCUGGCCCACGCCUUGCAGUCUGCUCGCCAUGACUGUGACUUGCUCCGGGAACAAUAUGAGGAGGAGCAAGAAGCCAAGGGCGAGCUGCAGCGUGCCCUGUCCAAGGCCAACAGUGAAGUGGCCCAGUGGAGAACCAAAUAUGAGACGGAUGCUAUUCAGCGCACGGAGGAGCUGGAGGAGGCCAAGAAGAAGCUGGCACAGCGGCUGCAGGACGCGGAGGAACACGUCGAAGCUGUGAAUGCCAAAUGUGCCUCCCUGGAAAAGACAAAGCAGAGGCUGCAGAAUGAAGUGGAGGACUUGAUGAUUGAUGUGGAGCGAUCCAAUGCUGCCUGCGCAGCUCUGGAUAAGAAGCAGAAGAACUUUGACAAGAUCCUGGCGGAGUGGAAGCAGAAGUAUGAGGAAACACAGGCUGAGCUGGAAGCCUCCCAGAAGGAGUCUCGCUCUCUCAGCACAGAGCUGUUUAAGAUGAAGAAUGCGUAUGAGGAGUCCUUGGACCACCUGGAAACACUGAAGCGUGAGAACAAGAACUUGCAGCAGGAGAUUGCUGACCUGACGGAGCAGAUUGCUGAGGGAGGAAAGGCGAUUCAUGAGCUGGAGAAAGUGAAGAAGCAGAUUGAGCAGGAGAAAUCUGAAAUCCAGGCUGCUCUGGAGGAAGCUGAGGCCUCUCUCGAACAUGAAGAGGGCAAGAUCCUGCGCCUGCAACUUGAGCUCAACCAGGUGAAGUCUGAGAUUGACAGGAAGAUAGCAGAGAAAGAUGAGGAAAUUGACCAGCUGAAGAGAAACCACCUCCGAGUUGUGGAGUCCAUGCAGAGCACCCUGGACGCUGAGAUCAGGAGCAGGAACGAAGCCCUGCGGCUGAAGAAGAAGAUGGAGGGAGACCUGAAUGAAAUGGAGAUCCAGCUGAGCCAUGCCAACCGCGUGGCUGCAGAGGCACAGAAGAACCUGAGAAACACACAGGCAGUGCUCAAGGAUACCCAGAUACACUUGGACGAUGCUCUCAGGACACAGGAGGACCUGAAGGAGCAGGUGGCCAUGGUGGAGCGCAGAGCAAACCUCUUGCAGGCUGAAAUUGAGGAGCUACGGGCAGCCCUGGAGCAGACGGAGCGGUCAAGGAAAGUGGCUGAACAGGAACUAAUGGAUGCAAGUGAGAGAGUGCAACUUCUCCACACUCAGAACACCAGCUUGAUCAACACCAAGAAGAAGCUGGAAACAGACAUUGCCCAAAUUCAGAGUGAGAUGGAAGAUACAAUCCAGGAAGCCCGCAAUGCUGAAGAGAAGGCCAAGAAGGCCAUCACAGAUGCAGCCAUGAUGGCAGAAGAGCUGAAGAAGGAGCAGGACACCAGCGCCCACCUGGAGAGGAUGAAGAAGAACCUGGACCAGACAGUGAAGGACCUGCAGCAUGGUGUGCGCAAGUACGAGCGGAGGGUGAAGGAGUUGACCUACCAGUCUGAGGAAGACCGGAAGAAUAUUCUCAGGCUGCAGGAUCUGGUGGACAAGCUGCAAAUGAAGGUGAAAUCCUACAAGAGACAGGCUGAGGAGGCCGAGGAGCUGUCCAAUGUCAACCUCUCCAAGUUCCGCAAGAUCCAGCACGAGCUGGAGGAAGCCGAGUAGCGGGCUGACAUUGCGGAGUCGCAGGUCAACAAGCUCCGAGCAAAGAGCCGAGAGUUUCACAGCAAGAAGAUAGAAGAGGAAGAGUGA